CUGAAGUACUGAGAAGCUACGGCUUCGCAGGUGAUGGCAUGGUGCUGAACAUCACCUACUCCUUCACCGCUUUAUCAUCACUGUCCAACUUACAGGUGUGGCUGGGUACCUCCGAUGAUUGGAUCGGCUCCUCGGACCGGCCGACCAAGGAACAAGGAUCCUUCGUUGCAGGGUCCUUCGUUGCCACGGCGCAUGGCAAGGUUCUGCGUGUGGAGUCAGGUGAAGAGGCGGUCUUCGUCUUUUCCCCGCAUCCGGAAAGCCACGCCAUCAUCCUGCAGCACUAUGGGAAUUGGCCUGCUGUCACCGCUGCCACCAGUUCUGACCUUGAGCGAUCCACCUCGGACGGAGCCUAUGCCAUCUAUGUACCUUUGGGACCCCUGGCAGCUGGAGAAACCAAGAAAACCAGCGUUUUCUACGCGGCAGCGGCGGCCAGUCAGCUCUCCCAUUUGCUGCGCGUGACUGACGAAGUCGCUAAGUCAGAACGCCCAACGACCUCUUCCACAGCUGCUACAACCAUGAAGGCCUUGCGAACUGCGCCGCUCACAACGACCACAACGACUCAGCCUGGCCUAGCUGUCCUUCAAACCGAUUUCUUGAAGAUCGCAGUGCUGAAAGACGGCAGCUUGGGCCAGCCCUUCUACAUGUCGGAUCAGAGGGGAUGGACCAAGCUCACAUACGCCAGCAAGAAAUUGGACUACGCGAUCAAGGUCGACGGCAAACUGGCAGCCGUGGGAGGUGAUCCAGCAGUGGAAAGCAGCGCUGCCAGCUCGCUGGCCACCAGAGCUCAAAUGACGCUGGAUGGCUCCCCGAAGGCGGAAGUGCUACGCAGCUACAACUUCUUGGGUCAAGGCAUGGUGUUGAAUGUCACCUACACCUUCACGGCCCUUGCUCCCAUCAACGAACUGGAGGUGUGGCUGGGCACCUCCGACGAUUGGAUCGGCUCGUCGGAUCGCCCCAGCAAGGAGCAAGGUUCCUUCAGGGGUGGCAGCUUUGUUCCUGCAGCCCAUGGCCAGAUCCUGCGGGUUCAAUCAGGCGAAGAAUCGGUUUUUAUCUUUUCUCCGAACCCGGACAGCCACGCCAUCAUCCUGGAACAUUAUGGCAACUGGCCCGCCGUGUCGGCCUCCAAACGCUCCGAUUUGGCGAGAUCCACAUCGGAUGGAGCCUAUGCCGUUUAUGUGCCCCUGGGAUCGCUCAGUCCGGGGCAGAAAAUCAGCGCCACGAUCUUCUACGCGGCAGCUGGCGCCGAUCGUCUGCAAGACCUCCUGCGGGUGGCCGAAGAAGUCAAGCCGUCGAGCACCAGCACCACCACUUGGCUCAUGCCUAGUACAAGCACCACCCCUUUGGCUUAUGUCCUGCAGUCUCCGUAUUUGAAGAUCGGUCUACUGGGCAAUGGAGGCCUGGGCCAACCCUUCUACAAGUCCACCAAGGGCACGGGCUGGACCAAGUUGACUUACAGCCAACUGCAUCUGAGUACAACUGUCAAGAUCGACGGCGAGAUUGCAGACUUGGGGCGUCGAGUGAGUUUGCACUUCCGCGACGCGGAGUACUGCACCGUCACUGAGGAGCUGAGCGUCCGCGGGGUCACGCAGGCAGUGCUAAAGCGAACCUACAGUUUCACGGGGAAUGGCCUGGUAUUUCAAGCCAACUUCAGUUUCCAAGCGCUCAAGAAUUUGGACAACGUGGAGGUUUGGUUUGGUACGUCCGACGACUGGAUCGGUACCACUGAUCGCCCGUUGAAGGAGCAAGGGAAAUUUGUGGAGCGUAGCUUUGAGCCCACGGAGCAUGGUCACAUCUUGCGUGUUCAUUCAGGCGAUGAAAACGUCUUCGUGUUCUCAACGCAUCCGGACAGCCACGCCAUCAUUCGAGCUGAGUAUGGACGUUGGUCGCUGAUCCAUGCGGCCAGACAUUCUGAACUCGCGAGUUCGAGAUCCGAUGGCGCCUAUGGCAUCUACGUGCCUCUGGGAAGUUUUCGACCCCAAGCCAGCCAUUCUGCUUCGUUCUUCUAUGCAGCGGCCGAAGCCUCACGUCUGGCGGAGCUAUUGGAUCAUGCCAGUGCGGUGGAUGGAGGAGAUCCCGCCUCCAGUACCACUGUGGGGACGCCUCCCAGUACCACCAGCACCACGCUGCUGGCCAACAUGCUUGAGACGUCCUUCUUGCGCUUCAAACUCCUGGAUCGGGGAGGUUUGGGCCAGCCCUUCUACUACUCGCCUUAUGCUGGAUGGACCCAGCUCACAUAUGCCAACAAGAGCCUGGAAUGCACCGUCAAGGUGGAUGGCAACAUCAUGGAGGUUGAUAGCGACCGGGACAAGGUGAAAUGGUGGGAUUAUGAAAAUGCCAUGGCAACCACCCAGUUGCGGCGUCAGGGUGUCCCUUCUGCUACGUUAACCAGAAGUUACGGCUUCAAGCAGGAGGGCAUGAUCUUCAUGGCCAAUUUCAGCUUCACUGCUCUGACGGAUAUCUCCUCCUUGGAGGUGUGGCUUGGCACUUCUGACGAUUACAUUGGGGUCACUGAUCAACCGACCAAGCUUCAAGGCGACUUUGGUGAGCUGGGAACCUUUGAGGCCAAACGCAACGGCGAUGUCUUGCACAUCUACUCUGGCCAGGAGUCGGUCUUGAUGUUCUCCCCGAACCAAAACAGUCAGGCCAUCAUCCUCCGACACUACGGACGAUGGCACGAGAUCGAGGUGUCCACAAAGUCGGACCUGCACGAAUCCAGCUCGGAUGGGGCCUACGGCAUUUACGUGUCCCUGGGCCAGUUAAAGGCUGGUGAGACGAAAUCCGCCAUCUUCUACUACGGGGCCUCCACGGCAGAUCAGCUGAAGCCCUUGUCGAGAGCUGCCAGCGCUUUAAAAGUUCACCAAAAGAGUUUCCACUCCAAUGAAUUGCUGGUGUGGGAUGUGGAUCGCUGCAACAUGCAAAAAGCCAACAGCUCAGUGGAUUGCGACUUGGCGCAUAGCUGUUAUGGGACGCUCUGGAACUCGCGCAGUGCCUGCAGGGUGAUGCUGGUGAAUACCAUGACGAUUGCUGAGCUCAAGAACUACAUCUGUGGCAACUCCACCUGUGCUUACGAAGCCAGGGACGCACGGAAGGAGUGCGAGGCGAUGUAUCCCAACGACAUGGGUUGGCUCGAUCCGAUCCAUCACUACCGACAUCGAUAUUGCGGUAUAGAUGGACAUGCCACUGACCUCAUCAACGAUCAUGACACCUGCGCCAGUUUGCACUCGCCCGUCGAAACGCACUUCUGCAAAACCGUGCGCAAGUGCUACAAGGGCUUCGAACAGGUAGGAACGAGCUGCAAAGUGGAUCUACCCACGAUGGCACAGAUGCAAACUGAGUUGUGCAGCGUGACCUGCCGUGAAGCGAUCGACCAGGUGCUCAGAGGCUGCGGUCACUACCGGGUGGUCCGUGAUGCAGCCGAUAGUGUCACGGCAUACCAGAGAUACUUUGGCUGCGAUCAAGGUGCCUCCUUGCCUGCCCCGGUGCUGGUGGAGAGCCCGCUGGAAUUGCAGGUGGAGGCUUCGACAGGAGAUUUCUGGCACAGCAAAGCGGCCACCUACCUGACCUCCGUCUACGAGCACUGCACCUCUUCCGCCACGCCCGCCAGCGAGGCAACGGGCGAGGCCUGUCAGAAGGCAGUGAAGUGUUUCGAUAAACUCCAAGAGGCUCAAGAAUCUUGCGGGGUGAUUUGGUUGCCUACCAUGACUGUGACCGAAGUCAGCAAGUAUGUCUGUAGCGGCUCAAUCUGUCAUGGUCAUGCACUACACCUGCAGGAGAACUGCAGCCACUACCAUCGCGUCGCUGCGGUGCUGCGUCCGGUGGCGUUCUACCAGGAGAAGUACUGCCCCAGCUGGGAGCAAGACAAGACUCACUACAGGGAUCCAGAUUUGGUCAAUGACCUGUACCUUUGCACCAUCCGCAAGCACAAGCGCGAGUCGCCUCUCUGCACCACGGUGAUCCAGUGCAACGAGCAGAUCUCCGCGGUAGACAGGCAAUGCUCAGGCAAUGCCGGAACCACGGAGGAAACCAUGGAUUUGGUGUGCAGCAACCCUUGCAGGAGCUUCAUCGAAAGUGCAGCAAUGUAUUGUGCCAACUACAGCUACCUCAUGCACAGCUUGCAGGCCUACAAGGUCUACAUGAAUGUCUUUGAAUGCAACAGCGCAGUUGAAGAUGAAAAUCCAGUGGCUGCUUGUAUUCGAAGUUGGAAGAUGAGGGUGAGGAGAAUUCUGAACUCUGCGGGCUCGACCGCAGGUGCACGGAGCUGACGGCGGAGAACCUGAGAAGUGAUGUGGUUCCGGCUGGCGAACAGCUGACUCGGCGUGACUGUUGUUUAUUUGACGAGCUCUUAUUCUUCACAUGGUGACCAUGGUGAUGAUCACGAUAGGAUGUUGGUGACAUUGAUGCAGACCCAAAA